UAUGUAUGAGCGCAUUUUUUGAAAAGAUAACGGUUUUGACAAAAAACCGUUAUCUAUGUACUGUUGUCCAUUGAAAUAGAUAACGGUUUUAGUGAAUCCGUUAUGUAUGAGCGUUAUCUAUUAAUUGCAUACAUAACGGUAUUAUCGAACCGUUAAGCCGACCGUUAUCUAUGAGCGUCUUUUUAUAACGGUUGUUUUAACCGUUAUAUAUGAGCGCCUCAACACUGUUAUGUAUGAGUAUUCUUUACAUUUAUCUUUUAUAUAUAUAUUUUUUUAUCUCCUUAAGAUAAUAAAAUCCUAAAAUCCUAAAUCUUCUUCUCUUCGUUCCCGUAAGCCCUAAAAUCCUAAAUCCCAAAAACACCACCUUCAGCCGCCCCACAAAUUCUCCCUCUGGCCUCCGUGGCAACGACGAGAACCCCGCCGCGACUCGCCACCUGCCCCCGCCGCGUCCUUGCUUCCUCUGCCACCCACCGCGGCCCGCCACUCCUCUUUUGUGAUAAAGCCCUAAAUCAAAACUUAAUUCAAAUUCGAGUUCAAUCAAACUCGUCACUCCCCGUCGCUGCUCUGUUCUGUGGCUCUCGAAGUCGCCGGCCGCCGCUGUCCAGACCUCCCCCCCUGAUGAUUCUCGUAUCUCUCUCACUCUUCCCGGUGCAGCAAAUUAGCUCCACUCGUCCCCGACCCAACAAGACAGUAGAUCGAUUCCACUAUGCCCAGUCCCGUCGUUUCCUGCGCCACUUCGGAGCUCCGAUGCUCAGCCCUUUCUCGUAUCCCCGCCUCCGACGCGGGUAGCCUUCAGGUCAGGCUGCGGUUACUUCUUUGUCCAUUUGGUUCCAAUAUUGUAGUUCGUACAGCAUGCUGUUCGGUGGGGGUUGUCUUACCUGUUUAUUCUACAUUCAAGGCCAUUGAGACGAAGGAUCAAGAUGACCAACACAAAUGGCUUGUAUGCUGGGCUGCUUAUGGAUCCUUCAUUGUUGCUGAGAUCUUCACUGAUAAGCUUCUAUAUUGGGCCGAUUUGAAAUAAUCUCAUUGUCAGGUUCAUUCCUUCUGUCAGAGAGCAUUGGUAACUGCAGUCGAACUGGUGGUCUGAGCAUAUCUUUGGCUGGAUCAGAUGGUAGGGUAUUGGGUGGAGGAGUUUUCGGAAUGCUCAAAGCAGGAUUUGAUAGAAAAUUCCUAUUUAUUUCUAACUUUGUGAUUUUUCUCACUGUCAAAAAUAGGAAAAGGAUUAUAGCAUUGGUGAUGUGCAUUGGGAUGACUCCAUGUUCUACUGUCAUUGCUAGUGGUUUUCCUACUAUCUAACAAAGAUUGAUUAAUCUGAGAUGAUAAUCAGUAGCUUCAUCAAUGUUCACUACAUUUUGCUUCUGGUAAAACAGGUGAUAUUUUUCAUGCGGCACCAAAUAUUGAUAAUUCACAGGAUUUUGUACAGAGAGACAUAAAAGAGUGGCUAAACUGGCUCCGAAAUGAUAUUGGGUUUGACGGAUGGCGCCUGGAUUUUGCCAGAUCUUCUCUGGGUGAGCUGUGAGAUGAAGGGCUUGUUUUACUACUCUUUUUCUUGGUGCAAUUCAUGUAGAGAAGAAGGGUUGGAAUUAAGGAUAGCUGAAUGUGCCCAGUUUGUGGUGGAUUAAAUGAGUCGUACGUUGAGCUGAAGAGGCUUGUGAAUUCACAAGAAAAGUUGUACCAUAUGGCUAGCUAGUUGCAUAUUUAAUAUGUUUAGUAUUUUUGUAAGGCAUAAUAGUAUAGAUAGAGCAGUUGUUGAAUUUUGACUAUAUUCAAAUCUUGUAUGAAUUCUUUUUUAUGAUAAUAAUAUAAAAUUAAAUA